AUGGCUCGAUCUAUCGCCCUUGCUGCCCUCCUUUACGCCCUUCCCAUUGCGGCCAAAACAGACAUUGAAGGCUGUACAUCUUUCACCAGCACCGUCACCGUCAGACCCGAGCCUGGAUAUGGAAACACAUACGAGCGAGUCAUGUGGUACGUCUCUGACACGCUCGAGAUUUGCGAAGGUGUCGACUGCGGAGGAGGUCGUGCUCCUCCCAAGAGCGUUCCUGGAUGUCCUCUGUACAAGGGCACCGAGACCGUGACGCCCAGGUUCCUAGAAAGCGACCCCAUGGCCCCCGAGACCCCUACGCCCAAAACCAGCUCUGGAUACGUUCUGCUUUCGGGUGUCUGGUACUCUGAUAGUGAUGAGACUGCCACUGGCGAUUACACCGGUACUGCUUUGCCCGAAGAGACUAACUGGUCUACAAUUGGUACUGAUGGAGAGACUAUUACUGAGGAUUUCUCUUACACCGGUACUGCUUUGCCAGAAGAGACUAAUUGGUCUACUAUUGGUACUGAUGGAGAGACCAUCACUGAGGAUUUCUCUUACACUGGUACUGUCUCUUCCAAGCUGACGACAAUCACCUCGGCCCCUGCUGUCUCAACUCACAAGUCUAAUGGAACUGCUACUGGAACCGACUCUGAUGGAACUUCCGACGGUACUGCUAAGCCUACUGCUGUCGAUGUUGACAACGCUGGUGCUGGGGUCAUGGUCAAGGCCGCUGGUGUUCUUGCUGCUGUUGCCGGUGCCGUUGUCUUGGCUCUGUAG